GGCCGUUUUGCCUGGUCUCCCAAAUCCAAGCCAGAGCCCAGGAAACAGGAUUGUCCCCCUUGGAGCCCAAGAGAGCACAGCCUGAGCCAUGGAGCCCCUCUGCAGCCUCUCCUUCCUCCUCCUCCUCUUUGCCUGGGCCACUGGGAGCCCCAUUGAGAUGGCUGGAAGCCCCCAGGUCCAGGAGGACUUCCAAGAAACCCGGUUCUAUGGGAAAUGGUUCGGGGUGGCGAUGGGCAGCAACUGCCGCUGGGUAAAGCAGCACAGGGACCGCUUCCAAAUGGGCACCUUGGUGGUGGCUGCGGGGAAGACGGACAGGGAGACCACCUUCACCUCCACCCGCAUCAGGCAAGGCGUAUGCAGCCAGGUCACCGGAGAGUACCAGAAAACCGACGUCCCGGGCAGAUUCAACUACUACAACCCCAAGUGGAAGGCCCAUAUCGAGCACUACGUCGCCCGCACCAACUAUGAUGAGUUUGCCUUCGUUGUGAUGAAGAAGAACAGCAGCAGCCACGGAGUGACCACUACAGCCAAACUCUACGGGAGGAACCCAGAGGUUCGGGAAGAGCUGCUGGCUGAAUUCAGGCAGUUUGCGCUGGGCCUGGGCCUCCCAGAGGAUGCCAUCUUCACCCUUCCGAAUGCAGGGGAAUGUGUACCACCCGAGGCCAACAAGGACCCACAGCCUCGGGAUCGAAGGUCGGCAACCUUGUUCCAGGAUGAAGGUUCGGCCGACGGACCCCUGAACGCCUUUCCCGGAAACAAGGAAGCCGACUGCCUACUCCCUCCGGACGCGGGGCCUUGCCUGGGGAUGUUGGGCCGGCACUUCUACAACGCCAGCGCCCAGCACUGCCAGCCCUUCUUCUUUGGCGGAUGCAUGGGCAACGGGAACAAUUUCCCCUCCGAACGGGCCUGCCUCCAGACCUGCCGCACUGAGGCGGCCUGCCGUCUUCCCAUCAACCCCGGACUGCCCUGCAACUCUGAAUUCUGGGCCUUUGACGCCAAUCAGGGCAAAUGCGUCACCUUCCAGGGAUGCGGCGGAAACGCCAACAUGUUCUACUUGGAGAAGGAGUGCAAGGAGUACUGUGGAGUCCUUGCCGAGGCAGAUGAGGAGUUUUUGCCUCCGAAGUAAAGAAGAACCCCAAGGAAAAUGGGAGGCCCCCAAGGAGCAUCUUUUCCAAACCUCCAUUGCUGUAUUGCAUGAAAUAAAAUCUAAAUUUAACCUUG